AUGCUCAGAAUACUGACCACUGUCACUCUUUGCUUUGCGGUAGGGUUCGCGCAGUUCGAUAACGAGACAGAGGAGCCUGCACCGCAAGGCGACGAUGAGGUCUACACGAUUACUUCGACCGCAACUGCCACCGCCACGGCAACAUAUACAGGAGGAAGCGGUCUGCUGAACCUCCCACCAGGCUCCGUCGCGUUGGUUCCAGCGACAGAACGCAGCGACAGUGAGCUCUACGUACCAACGACCACCGCGACACCAUCUCCGCAUGAGCCCGCUUCGUCCUCGUAUGAGCCAGACACGACGACCGAAUAUUAUGAGCCCAGCAGCACCGUCUACUAUUACGAGCCCACGACUACGCAACCAUCCUACAGCACCUGGAACAGGAAACCGAUCGUUGAAAGCACGGGGACUGAGCUGGACUAUCCAGUGUAUUCCGAGACAUCUAGCUAUGCAGACUACACCGGCCCUUACGCUCCAGACGUCGUCAGGACCGAGUCAUCGGACGACAGCUUAGCCAUGCCCACCCCGUCAUCCUCGAAGCAGUACCACCCACCACCACAGCCCACCAAGGAGUCUCCUCCACCGCCUGCUUUUACCUACGCUCCAACAACGCCAUACGAAAGCCCUGCUCAGCAGACAACACCCAUCGCAUACGCUCCAAGCAGCCAGCACGAGACAUAUCCACCCGCAGAGACAACCCCAGUCUAUGUGGCCCCAAUCCCAGUCUCCAGCAGCGACACAGAGAACUCUCCCAUAACCGCCUACCACUCCACCGCGGCACCAGCCGUGCCUGCCACUCCAGCAACUCCAUCAGUAUCAAAGCAAACAAUCUACGUGCAGCCCGCCCCAGUCUCGCAGCCCGGCACCCUCACCUCCAAGAUCGUGCCGACGUAUAGUGAUUCGAUGCCGGAGCACACGACUGAGGGAGCAUUAACGUAUGAUCAUGCGGCAACGUCGACGAGCGCUGAGCAUGUGAUGACUUACAAGGGUCACACAAUCAGCCUUGGUGGCGCGACGCUGGCCGCUCUGCCAACGGGGUCGAUGCCGGAGGGAGGCAGGGCUAGUCCUUCCGGAUAUGCCAGUCAGCAGACGGGCGCGGGUGUAAAGAUCGGUGGGCUGGGCUGUGCUUCGCUGGCGGCUGUCUUUGGAGCUGUGUUACUUCUUGUAUGA